GCCGCGGAGCCGCGGGCCACGGGUCGCCACGCCAUGUGACGAGGUCUUCCAGCCUGCGACCCCCGCGCCCGCGCCCAGGCGCGCCGAGCAUCAUGCUCCUGCCGGGACACCCGCGCCCGCCGCCCGCGCCCCCCUCGGCGCAGAGCCCCGGCCUCCGCAGGCAGGUCGAGCCUCCGGGGCCGCUGCUGCGCCUCUUCUGCUGCACCGUCCUGGUGUGCUCCAAAGAGACCGCCGCGCUCUCCGACUUCUCCGGUUACUUAACCAAACUCCUGCAAAACCACACCGCCUAUGCCUGUGACGGGGACUAUUUGAAUCUACAGUGCCCUCGGCAUUCUACAAUAAGUGUCCAAUCGGCCUUUUAUGGGCAGGAUUACCAAAUGUGUAGCUCCGAGGAGCCUACCUCCCAGAGGAAAGACAACCUGACCUGUGUGGCAGCCACCACUUUGCAGAAGGUGCUGGACGAGUGCCAGAACCAGCGGGCCUGCCACCUCCUGGUCAAUAGCCGUGUCUUUGGACCUGACCUUUGUCCAGGAAGCAGUAAAUACCUCCUGGUCUCCUUUAAAUGCCAACCUAAUGAACUGAAAAACAAGACUGUGUGUGAAGACCAGGAGCUGAAACUGCACUGCCAUGAGUCCAAGUUUCUCAAUAUCUACUCUGUCACCUAUGGCCGGAGGACCCAGCACAGAGACAUCUGUUCCUCCGCAGCGGAGCUGCUGCCCCCCUUUGACUGCCUGUCUCACACAGCUUUACACGUCCUGUCCAGGAGGUGCUAUGGGAAGCAGAGAUGUAAGGUCCUCGUCGAUAAUUACCACUUCGGGAGCCCCUGUCUUCCAGGGGUGAGAAAAUACCUCACUGUUGCCUACGCUUGUGUUCCCAAGAACAUACUCACAGCGGUGGAUCCGGCUGUCGCUAACCUGAACCCUUCUGUGAAGAAAGACACUGAAUACGGUAUAAAAUUCAACCCAAGUGGAUCGAGGGUGGUGCGGAAAAAUGGGGUUAUUGUCAGCAACUCUCUGGCCGCGUUCGCUUACAUUCGAGCCCACCCCGAAAGAGCGGCCCUGCUGUUCAUGUGUAGUGUCUGUGUCGGCCUGCUCCUCACGCUGUGUGCCUUGGUGGUCAGAGUGUCCUGUACCAAGGACUUCCGGGAGCUGAGGCAGGGGGAGGAACACCUGGUGCUAGAGAGCGACAAAGCUGAGGAAGACAGCGAGGAGGAGGUGGAAGGGGAGGACUCCUCAGACUCCGAGCUUCCUGUGGAACUGUCCAGGUUCUGUAGGACUUCAUAUCCAGCCUACAGCUCCAUAGAGGCCGCUGAGCUGGCAGAAAGGAUUGAGCGCAGGGAGCAAAUCAUUCAAGAAAUAUGGAUGAACAGCGGCCUGGAUGCCUCGCUUCCGAGGAACAUGGGCCAUUUCUACUGAAAACCAGACACAUCUGGGUGAGAUCAUAUUUUCCAAAGAAGGAAAGAUCCAGCAUGUCCUGUCUCCCAGCCCCCAGUUCUGGUUCGCGUGUACCUUCUGUGAAGGAGACUCUGUCAUGUCAUCCGCAAUGGGUGAAGCCAGAAAGCUGUCAAAGGGACUUUUCACAUUGUUUACAGCCUGGAAUAAAUGAGGAGGAAGGCA